AUGGCACAGCUCUACCCGGAAACACCAACUCGCGCCCCAGCCUCCGUAUCUGCACCGUACCUCGAUAACCCAUGGGCACCCGAGCCGCAAGGUCCUCUCAGUCCUCUGCAAACACCCGCUCAUUUUCCACCGGCUGAAAGCACUUACCUGAGGACUGGAACGUACCAACCCACAGGUUUCCAUACCCCGGUUCCUCUCUCUCCGGCUCUUCCAACUGUUCUUGAACAAAUGGAGACGGAAAGCACGGAUCAUUCGGGAAGUGAACCUGCCGAAAUUCGUUUCCUUCGGAACCAAACUCAGCUCACGGAAGCCAUCCACCUCAUGGCCAGGAACAUGUCGAAUAUGCCCAUGAUGCAGCCGCGUCAAGAGCCAACUCCUCGGCCCAAGUUGAAGGCUCCGGAUGUGUUCGACGGUACAAGUGCCCAAAAGUUGGAUCCCUUCCUCGUCCAGUGCAUGAUGUAUAUUUUGCUCCGGCCCCACGAGUUCACCACCAAAGACUCCAAGGUCGGCUUCAUUAUGUCGUACUUAUCCGGCUCCCCCUACAACUGGUUUCCAUAUCCCACCGACUACCACGAAUUUCCGGACGUGUUCAGCAAAUCCAAGGCCGACACCCUCGCACCUCAUCGUCCCUAUGACCUCAAGAUCGACCUCGAGGAAGGUGCCGAGCCGCCCCUCGGCCGGAUGUAUUCUCUCUCCCCUACCGAACUUCAAGCCUUGCGAGAGUUCCUGGAAGAGAAUACUCGAUCCAAAAUCGCGGAUGGCGACGAAUGGAAAACCACGUUCCGGACCCGCUACGGCUCGUUCGAAUGGAGGGUUAUGCCGUUCGGCUUAUCCAACGCUCCGGCUGCUUUCCAGCGAUUCAUGAACGACAUCUUCUCGGAUCUCAUCGAUAUUUCGGUUAUCGUCUACCUGGAUGACAUUCUCAUUUACUCUUCAGAUCUCGCCUCACACAAGGAACAUGUCAAGGAAGUGCUCCGACGUCUUCGGAAGUAUGGACUUUACGCCCGGCCUGACAAGUGCGAAUGGCACACCGAUCGUGUUGAGUACCUCGGCUAUAUUCUUUUGGCUGACGGUCUCUCCAUGGCGGCAGACAAGUUCAACCUCAUCGUUCGCUUCCGACCUGGCAAGCUCGGUGCCAAACCGGAUGCCCUUACUAGACGAUGGGACGUCUACCUUAAAGAGGGAGGUAGCAACUACGCCACUGUCAACCCCCACAACUUCCGUCCAGUAUUUACCCAGGAACAGCUGGCUACGUCCCUCCGAGCGUCAACUCUGAUCACACCCUCUCUGCAUGGAGCUAUCACCCUUGACAUCGAAAAGCUUCAUGCCGACAUCCGAGAAGCCCUUCCGAACGAUCCGAUCUCUGCCGCUCAACUUCCGGCACCCUCUGACCCCAAGUUCACUCUCUCCCCUGACAGCCUACUACUUCUCAACGAUCGUAUCUUUGUUCCGGACAUUAACAACUUGCGGAUCCGUGUGUUGCAAACCAAGCACGAUCAUCCGUUAGCCGGUCACUUCGGCCAGAACAAGACUCUCAAAUUGGUCCGACGAGAAUAUGCAUGGCCUGGCAUGCACGACUUUGUCAAAGACUACGUCAAUUCUUGUGUUAUUUGCAACCGAGUCAAGCCGCGCCACCACCAGCCUUAUGGGCUCCUUAAGCAGCUUCCGGUUCCUGAGCGUCCUUGGAAUUCUAUAUCCAUGGACCUCAUUGAGAAGCUUCCGCCUUCCGCUGGUUUCACUGACAUCCUAGUCAUCGUCGAUAGGCUCACAAAGCAAGCCGUGUUCGUGCCGACACAUUCCGACCUCACAGCCGUCAAGUUGGCCGAGUUGUUCGUCCUCAAUGUAUUCUCCAAGCAUGGUGUCCCCUCUCACGUCACUUCUGAAUUUGUCUCGCACUUCUUCCGAGGCCUGGGUAAGGCUCUCGAUAUAGAACUGCAUUUCACUUCCGGCUACCAUCCGGAAGGUGACGGCCAGACGGAACGCACCAACCAAACCUUGGAACAGUACCUUCGAACCUACUGCAACUACCAACAAGACAAUUGGGUCACUCUCCUUCCGCUUGCCGAAUUCGCCUACAACAACGCUCCACACGAUGCCACUGGCGUAUCGCCCUUCUUCGCCAACAAGGGUUAUCAUCCGAACUUAGCCGAAUGCAAGUCUCAAAAGCGCUACCAAAAGGCAGCCGACAACCGACGUCUUCCGGCUCCGAACUUCAAGGUCGGCGAUCAAGUUUUUGUCAAAGCUCAAUUCUUCCGAACCACCCGUCCAUCAAAGAAGCUAGCCGAAAAGUUCCUCGGCCCAUACGAGAUCAUAGCCCAAGUAGGAUCUCACUCCUUCACCCUCCGCCUUCCCCAGUCUAUGCGACUAGUCCAUCCAGUGUUCCAUGUCUCGAUGCUCGAGCCGUUCAAGCCGAGUACUAUUCCGAGCCGUGCCGUUGAGCCGCCAGCACCCGUCGAAAUCGAAGGUGAACUCGAGUACGAGGUCGCCGAGAUAGUCGAUUCUAAGAUCGAUCGACGACGCAAGUGCAAGCUCCUCUACUAUGUUCGAUGGUAUGGUUAUGAGAACACGGAUGAGGAGUUCUCCUGGCAGCCAGCCGAUGAACUCCCGAACGCUCAAGAACUAGUCCAAGAAUUCCACGAGGCAUAUCCCAACAAGCCAGGCCCUUUGCCGGUUUGA